AGGUUACUGUACUUCAUGUUGACACGGGUAAAGAGGCUGUCGUCCCUCUGACGUCAUUUAUAGCACUGCCAACAGAAGCGAAAGCUAUUCCGUUUCAAGCCAGACCUGCGCAGUUGUUUGGUGUUCCCCAAGGCACUUUGGCCCAAUCUUCUGAAGCGUUGGAAAUGAUGAUACAAAAUGCAACUCAGGUUUGUAAUGGUUUAAUAUAUGCAGGGUGCAUAUAAAGGAAACUUCGCAGUUUGAAGGGAAUGACAAUAUAAAUUUCUAUUUUCUCAUUCGAAAGAACUUUUGCAACUAUAUAUUAACUUCGUUUACCGAUUUUUCAUGUCUUGCUUAGUUCUUGAAAUAUUUUCACCUGAAGUAACGAGAUGAGCAUAUAAAAGUAUAUUUGUUACUUACCAAUAUAUUGAUUGUUACCUGUUUUAAAGGUUUUGAGUGAUCUUGAUAUUUCGAAGGGCAGGCAGAGUAUAGUUUUGCAUGAGUGCAAAAUGAUUAGUGGUGUUUGUCUAGAUAAAAAUAUUGCGUGUCCCUGUUGUGACGUGACAGGCGCAUGCAUAUCUACAAAAAUUGAAGAUGGCGGACAUUUCAUUCCUUUCGAUCAAAAUAUUUGUAGAAGUAAGCAAAAUAUGAAGAAAAACCCCAGAAAAAAGUAUUAUAUAUAGUCUUAAAAGUUCUUUCAAAUGAGAAAAUAAAAAAAUAUAUUUCCAUUUCCCUUUAACCGCUAAACACUUUAUGCAUGCAAACAUGGGUGGCUUAGUGUGUCCACUAGUAUCUUUUCUACUAAAAUUAUUUUCAAAUGCAGGAGAGUUGUUUUUAAAAACCAUUUUGAAAAUAGCUUUAUUUGCUUGUGCACAAAAAUGGAAUGCUUAAAACGCAGUUUGAUUCAGUUUGAAUCGAUAGGAUGCAAGUUUAGAAGGUGUUUUAUGAACUAUCAAAGUACCAGACAAUGGACAACUUGCAUAUUAGACUAAAUUUUAAUCUAAGUAAAGAGAAGGGAUUCAAACACCACGGCUGAAAAGAGUCCAUAAUGAAUUUAGCAAAAUUGCAAAAUUUGGUUGCGAAUUGUUGUAAAGUUUGGAAAAUAUAGUCUUGUAAAGUUUGCAAAUUUUGUAUAUGUUUGUAUUACGUGCGGAAAUUGUUAUCAUUUUCAGCUCAAAAAUGGUAACAAUUUCCGCACGUAAUACAAACAUAUACAAAAUAUGCAAACUUCGCAAGGCUAUAUUUUCCGUAUUUUACAACAUUUCGUAACCAAAUUUUGCAGUUUUACUUAUUUUUAAUAAGUUCUUUACGUGAAUUUACUUUUUUGGCCUAGAUAAAUAAAUUAGUCUAACAUGCAAGUUGUCUACUUGAGGUACAUUAAGUCCGUAGGAACGACCUCUAAAACUUGGACUUUUUUGCCAUGGUAACCUUUCACGUGUAAUUUAUCACACUCAUGACUAAUUUUAUGCAUGGUUGACUUUUUCACAUACUCUUAAGAAAAAAAUGUAUGUGCAUCCCCGUUUUGUAUAAUAGACAAGUGAUUGACGAAUAAUAUACAAGUUCUCUUUUCCAUAUUAGGUUUUGCGAGCAAUUGUUGUGCACGAAAAUACGGACGAGUCUGUUGUCGUCGAAUUAUUCGAUUCUGAAGGGAUUAGCAUCAACAAAAAAUUGCUUGAAAUGGUCAAAACCCAGCGAGAUGCAUCCAUUGUCAAACCAGCUCAUGAGAUGUCUAUGUCAAACCAAAAACUGCCCUCUGUAAAUCGUAAUAUGUCGACCCAGAAUUCGGUUAUACCGAAGGACAAGCUGUUGCCAGCCAUGAACACGACUCAAAACAGUAUGGACCCAAAAAUGCAAAUGUCUAGUUGUAAUUCCACCCGAAAUCAGACACAGCCACCUCAAAACCAGGCUGCAUCCAGCUCAAUUAUGUCAUCUCGAAAUGGGGUCUCACCAAGUAGCUCUGGUCAAGUUUCGCCUAUUCAAACGCCUUUUGAAACAUUUCCUCAAAAGCAAGCUUCACCUAAUCAGGCGUCCUCCCGAAUGCAGGCAUCACCUAAUCCGACAAGCGCCCGAAUGCAGGCUCCACCGAAUCAGGCAUUUGGGCAAAAUCAACCCUUGCCUAAACAGGCACUUCCCCGAAGUAAUUCCAAUCAACCAUUAACCAACAGUCCGGCACAUGCUAACCGAAGCUUUACUCGUAACACGGCCUCUCCUGAUCAGAUCUAUGGACAAAAUCAAGCGCAACCCAAUCGGGCAUUUGGACAAAACCAGGCUUCGUCUCAAAAUCGGGCGUCACCUAAUCAGGCAUUUUCCCAAAAUCAGGGACCAUCUCAAAAUAGGUCGUCACCUAAUCAGACAUUUACCCAAAACCAAGCACCAUCCCAAAAUCAGGCAGGAUCUAAUCAGGCCUCGCCUCGAAACCCGGCGUCACCUAAUCCAGCAUUUGCCAACAACCAAACAUUCCCCCGAGGUCAAAUUUCACCAAAUCAGAACAAUGAUUCGAGCCAAGUAGCGUACAACCACGCAUUUGUCCCAAACCGGACAACUCCAAAUCAAGGAUUCUCACAAAAUCAUCGUUCACCUCUAGUAACCAAUCAGGCAUUUGCUUCAAAGCAGGUCUCUCCCCAAGGUCAAAUCUCACCCAACCAAAACAUUGAUUCGAAUCGAGCACCACAGAGUCGGGCGUUGGGGCAAAGUCAGGCACAACAUCGAAAGCAAUCUUCACCUAAUCAGGCAUUUAGCGAAGGUUCAACCAAUCAAACAUCUAUCCAAAACUGGGCACAAUCUAAUCAGACUUUUAAUCAAAGCCCGGCAUUUGCUAAUCAGGAACCACCUCAAAAUCAGGCACUUCCUAAUCAAACUGCCACCCAGCAUCAGGCAGUAGUUAAUCAGGAAACUGCUCAGAACUCUACCCAAAAUCGAGCAGCGCCGUUACAAGGGCAUCCCGCACAAACCCGCGGCUUUAAUGGGCCUACCAACAGUUUUACAAACACAAUGGAGAAGACUCCACAAAAUACGGUUAUUCAACAAAACAACACAGGCCUUGGAGCACCUACGCCAAACUCUAGAUUUUACAAUGCAGGAAGACCUAAGGCCCUUCAAAAAGACUUUAAUUCCCAGAAUACUAUCGUCACCUCUGCUGACGUCAGGACUGCGUCACAAGAUAUGAUAUCACAAGGCUUUGCAUCGCAGACAAAUACCGCUGAGGGAUUUACAAAAGCAGAUUCUAUUUCACAAAACAUAACAUCACGAAAUGCUAUAUCACAUAGGCCAGCAUCACAAGGUGCAACGCCACAACAUUCUAUGGCACAAAGUGUUACGUCACAAGAUACUUCUGCGUCACAAGGUCCUACGUCAUCUGUCAUGCCACGUGGUUCUACGACUGGUAUGACGUCACAAGGGCAUACGUCACAGGAGUGUUCAUCAACGGUUAUUACGUCACAGAAUGCUGUGUCACGAGAUGUUACGUCCGAGGCUGUGCUAAGUACUACGUCAUCACCAACACAAUCCGGUAAAUCACGAUCAGAUAGCUCGGCAAGCAAAAACUCUUUUCACUCUGACGAAAAUUGGGACGAACCAGGCACAAAUAACAACGAACAUGACACAAAUUUAUCCGAAGUCCAGUCACCAGAUAGCAUCAAUAAUUCUGAUAAAACGAACAAUAAUAGCCCUAAAGACAAGACAAAAGUACAGGUUUUCAAUCAGGUACAAUCAAGUAAGCCAACGUCGCCUACCCAGUCAAGAAAGAAACUAUUGAAAGAAAUGAAUUCAUCGAAAGGCGGAGCGAAGUUCAAAAACUCCGCAAGUCCUGGGAAAUACAUGACAGAAAAGAAAUCAAAACAGUUUACCCCUGGAGGAAUUGAGGCUGGGACCGAGACUAGUAAAAUGGCGCCGACUUCCGAAACGAAUGCGCGCAGUUUCUCAGGAAAAGGCGGGAAAACAUUCCCAAAGCAGAACCUUGAGGCGGGCCGUGCGAGUUUUGCUAACACGAAGAAGCUACAAAUAUUGAAAUUUAAAUUAAUUGAGCAGGAGAGAGUUUUAUCUUGCAGAGGAGAGGAACUACCGCAGCAGGUUGAAAUGUACAAGACUCGUGAGAAACUGGAACUCAUGCUGAAGUAAGUAACCAAGGACGUUGGGAAGGCACCAACAUUGGUAUGUGGGGGGGGGGGAUCGUCUUGUUUUGACCAACUUUUCCAAAGCAAUUUUAACCAGCUCCUAAAAAUUAACAAAAAAUGUUGCUGAUGGGGGGGGGGGGGUUGUCAAAGACAUUAACAAUGCUUGACAUUUUUUUCCAGACAAACAUACUAAAUUUUAUAAAUUGGUAAAAUUGGGAAUGAUUUCACAACCUAUAACAGAUUUCACCAACUUUCAUCUCACUUUGACCACAUUUUACCAUUAACUUUGUUCUCAAACUAUGACAAACUUUUACCAAGUUUGAUCUGCAACUUUAACCAAAAUAUUUAAGCAAAUAUUUUACAUUUUGAAAAACGUUUUGAAUUAUUGGUAUUGCCCCCUCCCCUGUAAGUAACUCUAGCUGCAUGAGUUUUUGACUUACGAUUUGUGGUUACUUUGUGUGGGGUGUGUGUGGGGCAGUUUACUAAACAAUGGGAAAUGACCAGCCUGCUUUGCAAGGCCUGUCACGCUGUACUCCCGUAGCGUUCCAUUUUGCCACUGGAAAUUAUUUGGCAAAUGAAGCACGACAAAUGGCAAAAUUCGCACGGUGCUCGUUUGCACAAACAACUGCAAACUGCACGAUCUGUCGCUUUCAUUUGAUCUCAUCCGUGAGUCGGCCUCAACGGCCUUUGAUCUGUGAUUUUCCUUACCUUUAUCACAAAAUAGGAAAGUAUAGUAAAAGUGUAACUUGAGUUGGUGCCUUUGUUGUUUUACGUCCACGAAAAUUUUAACUCGCUCACACCAAUCCACGCCAUCCUGGCUAGUACAGCCGGAAGGUUUUGGUAGGUACAAAGUGCCGGUUGUACUAGCCAGGAUGGUGUGAUUGAUGACGAAUCGCUUGUAAAAACGCAGACAAAUACUUGCUUGAGUGAGACUUCUGGUGUACCUUCCUAUUCUGUGACUAUGCUAUGCCUUGCCCGCGCCAUAUGUGCCCGUGCGCAGGUAUUGCCAGGUAACCAUAACAUUGGGCUGCCUAUGGAAAAACUAGAUGGUGGAGCUUUGGCCGUUUUUGGCCAUCGCCCUUUCAUUGGUUUUGAAAAACUCAGGGAAUUUAGGGGGGCGAAAGCAUAAACUAAACUUAUUACUUGAUAAAUCUAACAGUUCUAAGGUCUUCUCUGGUCCAGUAAGGGCCAUUUUAAUUGUGUAUUCAAUGUUACAUAGAUACACUUGAGUAAUAUUUAAUAUUUUUUAUUUAGGGUCAAAACGCUGGAAAACGAAAAUUUAAUGUUGGAAGGAGCAAUUAAGAAAAAUCUUGUAGAAAAAGCGGAGUUGACAAAACAGCUAAAACAGCAGUAAGAUUUUAAUUACAGAUAAUAUGUUAACUGGGGUUUUAGCCAUUGAGCUCCAUAUAUAUCUGGAGUGCAGGUCUCGAAAUAAGUGCUGGUCAUUGGUCAUUGUCCGGUAAUUUGUUUCAUUUCGACGGGCAGAUACUGUAUCUUACCGGACACACAAUGACCGGCGAGUUUUUCUAAUGUGAAAAUGCGUUCCCGAGCGAAUUUUUGUUUCCCACAAUUUCGUGUUGACUGAGAAAAGUGGAAGUUUGUAAUCAUACCUGCACAAGUUCACUUAAAAUAGGUGUAAAUAAGAAAAUCAAAAGAUGACCAGGAAAACAUCCAUCUUGAAAAGCAAAUUUAAUAAUGCACCGGUCAUGAUGGCACCUUUCAGAUUUAUUUCGAGGCCUGCUGGAGUGAGAUCUCGAGUCAACAAGUGUUGCCAAGCAACAUGUUAUUAAGAAUUUUAGGGGGCAGAACUAACAGCUUUUUGGGCCUCGCUUAGGAAUAGAAUCCGGGGCCGUGUGUGAGUAUGUAACUACGAGGAGUGAGUAUCGUACUUCAAUUUUCAACCCCAGUCAUACAUUUUAGUUAAGCCCCACCCAAAUUCACCAGAAUUUUCAAACGAGAAUCCAGGGCCGUCGGAAUAAAUCUAAAAAUGCUUUUGCACUUUUCGGCUUUUGUUUGUUUUGCUUAAAAAAUAUGGCCUGCCAGUCUAAAAUUUUUGGCAGGUGAAAUAAAUUUUAGCCUGCCAUUUUAUUCAUUGAACUGCCAAAAUGCCCCAGCCCCCGGCUUCUGACGGCCUUGGAACCACAAACAUUUUGGCGAAUGACGGGAUGAACAGAUUAUUGUUUUGUGUUUUAUUAACUACAAAAAUGUUGCUAAUUAAUAAAGUUGUGUGCACAAUCUUCAAUAUCUACUACUAGUUUUUAAUUCUGUGUUGAUGUCUUGGUAGUCUUGAAGAAGUGCUAAGUUCUUGCCAAAUGUAAAUCCAGCAUCUUGGUGCUGGAGUAAAAAGAUACACAAUUAAAUUUGUGAAUUAUACUCUAGUUUUUAAGCUGUUCAUAUUAGAAAGGAGUCUGUAUUGGAUAGGUUCCAAGUUUAAAGAUUCGGGUUUUUUUCGGUUCCAAGUUUAAAGAUUCGGAUUUUUUUUCGGUUCCAGGUUUAAAGAUUUGGUGGUUUUUCGAUUCCAUGUUUAAAGAUUCGGGGGGUUUUCGAUUCCAAGUUUAAACAUUCGGGGGGUUUUCGAUUAAACAUUCCUGCUUUUUCCCUUCCUAGUCUUAAAGAUUCCUGCUUUUUCCCUUCCAGGACUUCCAGGUCUUAAAGAUUCCUGUUUUUUUCCCUUCCAGGUCUUAAAGAUUCCUGCUUUUUUCCCUUCCAGAUCUUAAAGAUUCCUGCUUUUUUCCUUCCAGGUCUAACCAAUACCAGACAAUUAAAUCUCCUGAUCGACAUAGGGC